AUGAGUUCCAUGAGCGUCCAUUCUCUCAUAGACAAGUUCUCUGGUCAUGAUGAGCCUCCACGUGUCCGCAGCGGCCCGCCGGCGCUGGAAUCGUCGGCCUACGGCAGACCCCAAGACCAGCCUGGUGCCCGCCGGUCGCCCCAGCACAACCCGCAAAUGCAACCUCAGCUCAACCCACAGCCGCAGCCGCAGCCAUCAAUGCCUGCGCAACUGCAGGCACCGCCUGUGUUUCAGCACCAGCCGCCCACUCCGCAGCCGCUGUAUUCCCAGCCGUUGCCGCCUCCUACGUUGUCUCUGGCCAUGGUCACAGACCCUGCGCACCUUUCCCUUUUGGGCCCUGAAUUUGCGCCCAUGCCCUGGUCAGCAUAUGUGGAGGCCCUCCGCCUACGAACUGAACAAGAGCGAACGCGCCAGGCCCUGCUCAGGCUUGAGCUUGCAUCGAAAAACUUGGCCAUUGCCGAACUAGCGCUUCGCAACGAUGUGCCUCCGCAUCUUGUGCCCGGAAUGUGUAUGGGGGCAGAACCAGACCGGCCUGCUGGCCGCCAGAAGUCCCCUCACCUUGCUCCGUCGCCACAUCUAGCCCCAUCUCCCACAUUGACGCGGUCCUACGAGACAGACAACGCCAGCCCCGUAGCGCCAAUCAACUACCGCUUUGGCGGAAGCAGCAAACCUCAAGGAAACUUGCGCCGGCCCCUCUCGCCGGCGAAACUUGGCGCGGCCGCUGUAGCCAAUUUGGCGCAGCCUGUGACGCCAUAUCGGCCAUCCCACCGAACGCUUCCAACGCACCAGAGGCAUUUUUCUAUGCCUACUGAGACACUGUCGCCUCUGAAAGCGAGUGUCGACCGCAGGAGGCACCAGACGCUGCUUAGUCUGCAGCUUCAGCUGCCAACAGGGUCUUCGGCCCUUCAGGUGCGCCCAUUACCAGCACAACCGCUCCGCAAACACACGAAGACCAAUCAGGUGCCAUCACAAGAGUCAAUGUCAUCUUUCCAGCAUGUAAUACAGUUCCAUCACUGGCGUCCAGAAACAGAUCGGCCCGAACGCGAGCAGACCAGUGUUUCAUCCACACUGAGCCGUGGUCUGGUUUCACACAAGAGACACAAGAGCAAUGAAAUGUCGAUCGAUAUUCUGGUGCCACAGGAGUACGCACGAGCUGCAGUGAAACGGGAAAAGAACGAAGAUGUGCGGCAGAAGCAGGAGCCUGAACGGACAGAAGACAUAUCCAUGGACGAAGUGACGAUCACAGAAAAGCUGGAGCCAGCUCCAAGCCGCUUCCCCCACGACAUUCUUCUGGAGAACACAUGA